AUGGCUCAGCUUGAUACGCCCGAAACCACGGACCUCUGGGCUGAGGCGAUUAGAGAACUGGAUGAAUCCGACAGAGCGCUGAUAUGGGGCCACGCCGCGAAUAAGUUGAACGUACUCGACGAUGUUCUUGAAAGUGCCAGGGAGAAGGAGAGACUGAGCAAGCAGAAGAGGUGGGUGUACAGGAAGAGAGACGGAACAAAAGGAGAACUACACGAUCUCUUUAACAGGGUCGUCGACAAGGUUGCGCAUUUCAAGAAACUGGGUGAUUCUAUCGCGGCGUUGGAUCCUACACAUCUGGCUAUCCCGUGGGCGGCAGUCGGGUUGGGGCUUCAGAUUGCUGUGAAUUACUUUGAGCACGACAGCCUUGCACAGGAAGGACUGCAGGUGUUGGUGGUGCUCGUUCCUCGAUACACCGUGUUUGAGAAUCUCUAUCUGGGAGACGACUCUCAGAUCAACAAAACGUUAAAGGCCGAAUUGGUUAGAAUGUACUCUCGGGCUUUGGUGUUUAUAGCAAAGCUGAAGACAUACUAUGAAAAGGGCAUAGGGAAGCGCGUAUUGAAGAGUGUUUGGACGCCGGUGCACCUAAAGCAGCUCAUUGACGAGGUUCGAUCGCAACAAACAGUCGUCGACGAUCUUGGACGCCUUGUCGAUGCUGAGCGCCAACGGGACGCCGCGAGUAGAACUCAAAGCCAGCUUAAAGACGCCAACAGCAGGCAGGUUACAUUGCGAAAGGCAUUAGAGGACUUCCAAGAUCCAAUACAAGAAAUACACGAUGGCAUGGUCGACCUCGUCAGGAACCUAAAGGUCCAGGAAGAGGCGCAAAUCCUCAAUUGGCUUUCUCGUGUCUCGUACGAUAAAUAUCACCAAAGCCUGCGGGUCAAUCGCAUGAAAGGCACCGGGCUGUGGGUAUUCGAUCAGCCUCAAUAUAAGCAUUGGAGGACGUCGGCAGAGUCGUCCGUUCUGUGGCUACACGGGCAACCGGGAACUGGGAAGAGCACGCUGAUGUCCUUGAUUCUUGACAGCGUCCGAGCGAACCAAGCAGCCCUCCAGGCAAGCCGGUUGGCUUAUAUAUACUGCUCCCGGAAUGCAGCCGCGCGAGAUGACGAGCCCGAGUCGUUGACACGCAAUAUAAUAAAACAACUAUCCCGCCCAGGACCUGGAAAGCCCCUUCGCGGGGCCGUGGUUCAGAAGUACCAGGAUAUGCAAGAACAGCGCUACGGGAUGGAAGUGCUGGCAUUCCCUGACACUAGGAAUUUGCUUAUGCAGAUGGUAGAGGAGGGGACUACAAUGAUCUUCGUGGACGCUGUUGACGAGUGCACCCCGGCGCAGCAGAAAGAGCUCUUUCAGAUCGUGCGAUGUCUGCUGGAGCCGCAUGACAGGCGGGCAGUCAAGAUACUGAUAUCCAGCAGACCAAGUCUCGAAAUAUCAACUCAGAUCAGAGCUCUCGACAACUCCUAUACCAUCGAUGCAGGACAGAAUAGGGGUGAUAUCGAGAGCUUCGCCCGGCUAAAGGCGAACGAAUGCGCAGAGGACAUGAAGCUGCGCAUGAUACCUGUUUCCAGCGAUUUUGAAGCUAGGCUGGCAAGGGCCCUCAUCGACGGUGCACAAGGAAUGUUUCUGUGGAUCAAGCUGCAAGCUGACUUGUUGAGCGACCCGACGCAAACCACAUUCGAAGAAGAUGCCCUGCGACGAGUCCGCGAGGCUCCGGAAGAACUAUCGGGAGUCUACUCUUCCAUCUAUAGCAGAAUACAGCAAGGAGGCAGGAAGAUGCGCGAGACCGCAGUCACAAUGAUCCACUGGCUGCUCUGCACCGCAGCGCCUUUGGGCCGUGGUGAACUGCGAGUGGCUCUAUCCAGGCACAUUGGCUCCGAUAUAUCAGAGGAAAUUAUCAUCCAGAGCUGUAUCAAUCUUGUCAUGGUUGAUAAUGACCUAAACACCUUCAGAUUCAUCCACACCUCUGUCAAGGACUUCUUCGAAGGCAAGGCCGAGUUCAGUAUAAAUAGCAGAAAUGCCACUGCUGCCGAUGUUUGCCUCCGGGAACUCACCCAGGCAGUGACAAUCCCCCCAUCUCUGUCUCUAAAGCGCGAGUCUCUAUACUGCUAUUCAAUCCUGUACUGGGUAUCUCACGUCGAGAAAGCCGGUCCCGAUCGGCCCUCCAUAACGAUCGAAGAUGCCAUACGAGAUCUAUGCCUUGCCGAUGGUGGGAUGCAGCCGUGGUUUACUCACUGGUUGGAAAAGCUGCAGCUUGUUUGUGAGAUCUUGGACUGGAACGACCCCUUCAAGGACAAGGUUCUGCAGGCACUCAGCUCACCCGAGACGUCGUUCUUUGCGGGUUGUGCUUUUGGCAUCGUCGAGGUUGUUGCACGGUACCGCCAGAUAGAGCCAGCGCUUUUUAGGGCCGAGAAUGCAAUGGGGGCAACGGGGCUACAUCUCGCAUGUCAAUAUGGCCACCUUGCCGUUGCGAAGGAGUUACUGAAUGGACGGGCUGAAGUUGAUGCAAAGGAUAAGUACGAAGAGUCCGCUCUGAUUCGGGCAUCCUGCGCUGGCCAUGAUGAUAUUGUCGAGUUCCUACUCAGCCAAGGGGCCAAUGCAAAGAUCCAAGGCAGGCGGUUUGGAACGGCUCUCCAGGCAGCAGCCCUACAUGGCCACCUGGGCAUUGUUCGGCGGCUAAUCAGGAGAGGUGUCGAUAUUGAGGCCGAAGGUGGCCAGUUCGGAACUGCGCUCCAGGCUGCAUCAGUCCGGGGCCAUCUGCAAGUGGUUAAAGAGCUUCUGGCUUCUGGUGCUGACAUUAAUGCCCCCGGGGGCGCCUACGAAACGAUCUAUGAGACGGCGCCCACUGCGGCCAUUGCCGAAGGAGUAAGGACGACGGUGAAAUACAUCUUGGACACACAGCAAGAGGCGAACUACAGAAGAUUUAGAUCAAGGGAGACCAGGGACGAGGACACCGUACAGUUAUCCUUGGACAGGACACUCGACAUGAAUCUCAAGAAGUCUGGCUUCGGCCCAGCCAUCCAUUCGGCGUCUCGCGCAGGGCAUAAGGAGGUCGUGGACGAACUGAUAUCGUCAAGGCUACUAGACGUGAACAGCGAAGGAGGUCGAUACGGCAGUUGUCUGCAAGCAGCUGCAGUGUCCGGGAGUGUUUCCAUUGCAGCUACGUUACUCAAGGCCGGCGCCGACGUGAAUAGCCAGAAUGGAACUUACGGGACGCCUCUCGCUGCAGCAUGCCGUCGGUCCCAUUACAGCCUUGCGGAAUUCCUAGUUGGUAACGGGGCUGGGGUCAACAUUGAAGCUGGGGCUUACGGUACGCCCCUCCAGGCCGCUGCUCGCUCGGGAAACUGUGACAUUGUGAGGUUGCUUUUGGAUAACGGUGCCAACCCAAACCUGGUGGCAGGCAUGUAUGCUACACCUCUGCAGGCUGCGGCACGCGACGGCUUCUUGGAAAUUAUCAAACUAUGCCUGGAUAGAGGCGCGGACACAAAUAUCGAAGGCGGUUCAUUCGGCACAGCGCUGCAGGCUGCAUCUGGUGCUGGCCAUCUGGACGCAGUGAAACCGCUACUGGAAAAUGGGGCCCAGGUUGGAAAUGCAUUGCAAGUCGCGUGUCUUGGAGGGCAUCGUGAUGUGGUGGAAUGCCUCCUCACGCAUGGUGCGAAUAUAGAGAGCGAUGCCAGGGGCUUCCGUACCCCAAUCGAGGCGGCAGCAGCUGGGAACCACCUCGAUUUGCUAUCGUUCCUCGUUCAGAAGAGUGAAGGUCUCGAAUACCCAAGGCAGGCUUUGAAUGCUGCCCUCGAGCGAGCUGCAGAGAGUGGGGAUGAACCAUUGACCAGAACCUUGCUGGAGCGCGGCGCAGAUCCACAAAACGGCAUGGAGUACGGAAUGUCGCAUCUGUGCAACAUGCUGAGUGAGACUAAAGGCAGAGCAAAUUCCCGCGCUUUGUACCAGUGUCCGCUAGAGCGUGCUGCGAGGAAUGGACACGAAAGCGUAUUCCAGCUGCUGCUGAGCAGGGUCAAUCGGUCGAACUCCUGCCCCGAAAUACCAUCUGCAUUGGAGUCUGCAGCUGAAUACGGACAUAUCAACAUCGUUCAGAUACUCCUACAUGACGAAAUUGGUCCGGAAGACCAGAGUGAUGCCCUAUCUGCCGCAACGAGAGGCGGCCACGACAACAUAGUGCGGCUUCUGGUGGGGAGUGGUGCUAGGGCCACCCCUGACACAGUAAUAGCAGCCUGCAGACAGGGCAAUCCAGAGAUCUUGAAUUUUCUUUUGACUGAAGCAGAGAGCUACUUGAGUGCGGAAACAACUGGGCCGGCUUUAUUGCAUGCGGCACUCCAAGGGAAUUGUGACAUGGUGGAGAUAUUGAUCCAGUAUGGCACAGAUGUUAAUGCGCUGACCAACUAUUCUGACUUCGAACCGUAUAUCUAUCACGGCUCUCUGAAGUCUCCAUCGCGGUCUCCGGGGGUUGAUGCUGCUGCUUCUGACCAUGACAGCCCUAGUCUGCGCGAGGAGCGUGAGGACAUCAGCCAAGGGGAAUCUGACUCCGAGUCCGCCGACAAUUUCUCUACUGAUCAUCUAUCGGAUUCCUCUUCUGAGAUAUCGAACACUGAGGGGCUCGAGCAUCAAGGGGCCAGUAAUGAAGAUAUAAACGAUGAUUUCGCCAAUCAAGAAACCAACACAGAGUCAGAGUCAGUUGACGAUGGAGACGCCGAGGACUCAGACGCUUCGGCGAGCUCUUUUGACUCUGUUGGCUAUUUCGUUCCUACCGAAAAAUCGCAGUAUCGGAAACCUGGUUCGCGGCUGGGGAUUACUGCAUUGCAUGGUGCUAUUUUCGCUGGGCACGAACCAGUUGCCAGAAUCCUCCUCGAGCAUAACGCCAGUUUUACAGUGAAGGGGCUACGAGUGCCCUUUGUAUUGCAGAUGGCCGCACUAUUUGGCCGCGUCAGCAUCGUCAAGACACUGGUAGAUAUGCGAGCUGGCGUUAAUGAAGUAUCUGGCAGAUACGGCACUGCACUUCAGGCCGCUGCCUUUGGGGGCUCCAAAGAGGUCGUACGAAUUUUGCUAGAAAGCAAUGCCGACGUCAACCAGGAGAGCGGCAGGUUUGGAACUGCGCUACAAGCAGCAGCGUCGCAGCGUCAUGAAGCAGUUGUCCAGCAUCUUCUGGACGCUGGAGCAGAUGUCCAGAGGGAGGGAGGAACCCCCAAGACUAAUCUAAGUGAGAGGGAAAGGAGGCUAGGGCUGGCCAGUAUCCAUACUCUGUUCGAACGGCAACCGUUACGCUGGCAAAAUGGACUGUUUGGAACGUCAUUGCAAGCAGCAGCCAACGCUGGCAGUGUCGAGAUUGUGCGGCUGUUGCUGGAUCGCGGUGCAGAUAUUGGCGUCACGGACGUAUACGGCCAGACGCCGCUGCAUCAUGCGGCAUGCCAGGGCCAUGAAGCUGUGGUGGCGCUGCUUCUGCAAAGAGGGGCCAAUCCAAACAGCGAAGACCGCCAGGGACGCAGCUCGAUCAUCAUGGCUGCCAGCAAUGGGUGGAAGUCGGUACUCGCGCGGCUUGGUGGAGCGGGUGCCAGCCCUAUAUCAACCAACAAGGCCUGCUCUCCAGCCCUGCACCAUGCUGCGUCUAACGGCCAUGUGACAGUUCUGGAGCAGCUGCUUGCACAGGGCUACGAUAUUGACCUGAAGAACCGGCGGGGCGAGACUCCAUUGAUGAUGGCAGCAGAAAAGGGGCGCACGUCCGCGGUGCGCUUUCUGCUCGACAAGGGCAGCGACUUCAAACGGAGAGACGACAAUGGAGAUACGGCCAUCGAAAGGGCAGUUCUCGAGGCUCGUAGCGCGGUUGUUAGGCUUUUUCUCGCGCGAGGGCUGGACCCAAACGAAAGGGACGACGACGGCCCAUGCCUCCUCCAUAUUGCCACAUCUAACAUUUAUGAUGACCGGAGAUUCUUCCGACCGGGGAGCGCUGAGCUCCAGGUUCUUUAUGCCCUCGCAAACCAUCCAGGUAUUCAACUUGAGCUGCGCGAUGGCGAAGGCGCAACUGCCUUGCAUCGCGCGGCUGGCAUGUGGAACCCAUGGAUGCUGGCAAUUCUGGUGGACAGCGGUGCCGAUAUCGAAGCUCGAGAUGCAGAGGGCCUGACUCCUCUACACUAUUGUGCAUGCAGUCCGCGCCAGACUCCUCCAACUCCCAUUGCGGCGCUUCAAUAUCUGGUUAGCAAAGGGGCAGAUAUAAACGCAAGAUCCAACAAUGGCGAGAACGUGCGGAUGCGGGCGCGCCGAUGUCUGGGUGAUAGCCGUCUAGAUGAAAAGACAGACCAAUAUCUUGCUGGCUUGGGGCUGCAACGUCCCAGCGAUGAGGCUGAUAGCUCAGAGGAUGAAAGGAGCUCCUCCAGCGCCGCCUCGGUAUCUGGAACUCCGCGACGGUUUAGCGACAGUGCCAUCAUAUCGAGGGGUGCCGCAGCAUUACAGAGAGCAGCGAUGAUGAAUAUCAAGACUCUGUUGAAUUCCUGA